CUUGAACGAAGUAUCAAAGGUCGCGGUGCGCUCUGCAGCAUUCCACAACUUCUCGUCGUUCUCCUACACUCCUCUUCUCGUUGUAUUCCCAAUCAGCCGCAAAGAGAGGAGAGUAGCAGACGGUCGCGAGCCGCCGUCAGUGAGUGAAGUGUACGCUUUCUGUUUUCAUAUAAGAUAUAUUCAUAGCCACUAAUGUAAAGGUGAUCAUCUGUUAAUCACCGGUAAUCGUCGUUUAAACGUACAUUUCUGCUCCGAAAUUUGCCGGAGUGCGUAUUCUUGGGAUUUAUCAACGAAUCGUCGGAGCAACACACGAAGACAUGAAUGUCCAUGAUGGAGGUUGUGGAACUGAUAAAUAAGUUUAAUGACAGUUUUGGCUCUUAUGCAUUUUCAAGAUGGAUAGAAUAUUUAAUUGUAGAGUAUCAAACUUCAAAGACAUUGUUAGCAGUGUCUGUUGGUAUUUUGCUGACAAUCUUAGUUAUAUCAGUUUAUGUACUGAGGAAAUGGAAAACAAAGGAACUUCUGCCUCAAGUCAAAGAGUUUGUAGGUGUAGGCACAGGCAGACCAAGGUUCAGAAAACGAGACAAAGUAUUGUUUUAUGGAAGGAAGAUGCUGAGGAAAGUCAAAUCUAUAGGUGGCCAAGUACCAGGUGGCACAGGUCGAGGACAAAAAAGAAGGGCUGUCAUGCGGUUUGCUAGAAGACUUUUGCAAUUGAAAAAAGAAAAUACUCCACAGCAGUUGAAAGUAUUGGAGCCUCCAGCAGAAUACCUUGAGGAAGAUGUUGGUCCUGGUGAUAGAGUACCGCCAGAUGCUCUUUAUAUUUUACAAAGCAUUAGAGUGUUUGGACAUUUUGAUAAGCCAGUUUUUCUUAAGUUGUGUAAACAUACAGAAAUAAUGAAUUUGCCAGCAGGAACUCCUUUGUUUAAAAUUGGGGAUCCUGAUGAAAAUGUAUUUAUAGUUCAACAAGGUUUAGUUAAUGUUUAUAUAACAGGGUCUGAUGGGUCUCAGAUCUCUCUAAAGCUAGUAAAAACAGGAGAAUCUGUUACUAGUCUAUUAAGUUUUACCGAUGUAUUAACUGGUCAUACAAGCACUUACAAAACAGUAGCUGCAAGGGCUGUGGAAGAUUCUGUAGUUGUUAAAUUACCAAUGAGCGCCUUUCAAGAAGUUUUUCAAGAUCAUCCUGAUGCGUUCGUUCGAGUUAUCCAGGUCAUUAUGGUUCGUUUGCAACGUGUAACAUUUACAGCACUUCAUCAAUAUUUGGGACUCUCAGCAGAACUAGUAAAUCCGAGUGCACACAAGAAAAAGCACAGCUCGGUCUCCGGCUCACCAGUUAGAUCCCGAACACGCGAGAACUUUGCUGUACCUGUUUCAGACCACUUCAUCAAUUCAUACUCGGGAGUUGCUGAUCCAUUGCAAAUCGACGUUUCUCAGAAAGAAUUAAGUGGCAAUUCAUCCCAGCCUGUACCAAUUAUGUCGAGUCGCAGAUCUAAAACCAAUCUGGAAUGGAAAACACCAAACUCAGGUUCACAGUUGAGUCAGCUUAGCCAACAUACACCUGACAUGGUACCUGAGAGCGACUCGCACUGGCCUCAUUCCGUUACAUCGAAUCAACAAUCUUCACAUCCAGAGGAUUUUUCAGACGGCGGUGGGAUCGGAGUUGUUGAGACACACUCUGGCAGCGCAAGUCGUAAGCACUCGAAGAAUGAGGGUUUGCAGCAGCCAAUGGAUGAAGCUCAGAUAGUUCAAAUCGCUACUGAUGCUUUUGUCAAAGAGUUGGGUCUUGAGAAUGAUUCUCUUCUCAAAGAUGGCAAAGUACACAUUCGUGAAGUACCCGCUGGUACUUACCUCAUGAAAGAAGAGUCUCAUAAGGAUGUAGCUUUGGUGUAUGUUGUAUCUGGAUCACUGAUGGUCAGUCAACGAGGUCCUGAAGGGCGCGAUGGAGGUCAGGAUGUACAUAUGUUUAGCGCUCAUCAAGGAGAAAUCGUUGGUGGAUUGGCCGUGUUGACAGGCGAGCCGUCGUUUUAUACAAUCAGGGCAAAGCAUUCGAGUCGCAUAGCUUUGCUUAGUAAAUCGACAUUUUUUACAAUUAUGCGAGAGAAACCUACUGUUGUGUUACACGUUGCAAAAACCGUUGUUAAGCGUUUGAGCCCAUUUGUCAGACAGGUCGACUUUGCUUUGGACUGGCUAUUCCUUGAAAGUGGAAGAGCUGUUUAUCGUCAAGGCGAUGAUUCGGACUCAACAUUUAUCGUUCUAAGUGGUCGUUUGCGAUCAGUGAUUACGUAUGAAAAUGGAAAGAAGGAACUGGUCGCCGAAUACGGUAAAGGAGAUUUAGUUGGAAUCGUCGAGAUGGUUACGCAGACUCCAAGAUCGACAACUGUAAUGGCAGUGCGAGAUUCUGAGUUGGCGAAACUUCCUGAGGGCCUUUUUAAUGUCAUCAAACUCCGAUAUCCCAUCGUUGUUACUAGACUAAUUAGAUUACUUGGUCAUCGUUUGCUUGGCACUUGGAAACAGGGGCCGUCAAAUAAUGGAUCUCGCGAGUCAAGACAAACAGCUGUCGAUUCACGACCGUCGCAAGUCAAUUUUUCGACAGUAGCGAUUGUCCCAGUUUCGGAUGAUGUUCCUUUGACAGCAUUCACCUAUGAACUGUACCAUUCUCUGUGUGCCAUCGGGCCUUGCUUACGUCUAACUUCUGAUGUAAUCCGAAAAACACUUGGUACAUCAAUAAUGGAGCCAAUGAACGAAUACCGUCUGACAUCUUGGCUCGCGCAACAAGAAGAUCAACAUCGUAUCUCGUUGUAUCAAUGCGACUCGACUUACACUUUGUGGACGCAGCGUUGUGUUCGGCAAGCUGAUUGUAUUCUCAUCAUUGGCUUAGGCGAUCGACCGCCUUCGAUUGGCCGCACAGAACGUGAAGUCGAACGCCUGGCAAUGCGUACGCAGAAAGAGUUAGUACUUCUUCACAAAGAACAAAGCGGACAAAGACCUACCAAUACUGUCCAGUGGCUGAAUAUGCGUUCCUGGAUUUCUAGUCAUCACCACAUACAGUGUCCCAAACGCAUGUUUACGAGAAAGUCACAGUACCGAAUCAAUGAACUAUAUUCAAAGGUACUCAUGUCAGAACCAAACGUGCAUAGCGACUUUAGCAGGCUAGCACGUUGGUUAACAGGUACUUCAGUAGGUCUAGUCCUUGGUGGCGGUGGAGCUAGAGGAGCAGCACACGUGGGUAUGCUCAAAGCUAUCAUCGAAGCUGGUAUACCUAUUGACAUGGUAGGUGGAGUCAGUAUAGGGGCAUUCAUGGGUGCCCUUUGGUGUAUGGAAAAAAACAUCACUACUACUACACAGAAAGCUCGCGAAUGGUCCAAGAAAAUGACACAGUGGUGGAGGCAAAUAUUGGAUUUAACAUAUCCAAUGACUUCAAUGUUUUCCGGCAAAGAUUUCAAUAAUACAAUCCAAAGCACUUUGGGAGAUGUGUAUAUCGAGGACUUGUGGCUUCCCUAUUUCACGAUAACAACUGACAUUACUGCUUCUUGUAUGCGCGUUCACACACACGGCUUGCUUUGGAAGUACGUACGCGCCAGUAUGACUUUUGCCGGUGUAUUUCCGCCAAUUUGUGAUCCUAAUGACGGGCAUCUUUUGGUCGACGGGUGUUAUGUUAAUAACGUCCCAGCUGAUGAGAUGUUGAGACAAGGUGCCCAUCAUAUCCUUGCCAUCGACGUUGGAUCGCAGGACGACACGGAUUUGACCAACUACGGAGAUUCCCUCUCCGGUUGGUGGUUGUUGUGGAAACGGUGGAAUCCUUUUGCAACGCCUGUCAAGGUGCCGAAUUUGCCGGAUAUACAAUCGCGUCUAGCUUAUGUUAGUUGCGUCAGGCAACUCGAAGAGGUCAAGAACUCCGAUUAUUGCGAGUACAUCAGGCCGCCCAUUGAUAGAUACAAGACACUGCAGUUCGCCAACUUUGACGAUAUCAAGGACGUUGGCUAUAAUCACGGUAAAACCUACUUCGAAGGACAAUCGAAAGCAGGGAUUUUGCCUCGAUUUAACGCAGAUCGGGAGAUUGCCAAGGCAUUACGAGCAAAACAUCAGGCUAGCAAUCAACAGGUUCCUUCUUCAUACACAUUUACUGACUUGGCACAAAUGGUUUGCAAAGUAUCUCGUGGUAAUCGUUACGCCGACUUAGAUUCCGACUCAGAUGGGAUGGAAGAAUACGAAGCAGACCUUGAAGAAGACGCACAAGAAGUUGGAUACGCUUCAGAACCCACUGCCGGAAUUCUAGAUCAGAGUCCCGACGAUGCUCGAAUAAGAAGAAGGGCCGGAGUUUCAUUGAGCCUUUCUGACACCGAAGCGGAAACUGACAUGCAUUACCACAUACCAAGUAGAAAUUCUUCACACCAAAAUUUUUUUAAUAAGUACGAAAAAUCUACUCUUAAAAUGUGACAUUUAAUUAUUAGGAUUUUUAAAAACGAGAAAUAAAAAGUUAUC